AUUCUGCCGCCGCGGCUGCCGCUGGAGCCGGUGUCCGGGCUGGUGAUGGGGUUAAUUUCCUUUAGUAAGACUGUUACUUGUACCCACCCAGACCCGCCGUCGCUCCGUCGCGCCGCGCUACAACCGCCUCCUCCUCAAUAACGCGGGCCACUGAAAAAUAUGAUAUAUUUGGUCAAAGACAGUUCAUUUCAGUCCAGGAAUCUACAGUGGUGACAAGGACAUGGGACUACUCCUGCCAGAUUACAAAUGGUUCAAUACAAUUGACAUCCUGGCUGACAGCUGUGGAAAGGAACCUUGGGUUAUUUUAUUUUAUUUUUGUGGAACACCACAGUCCCAAAUCAAAAGGACACAUCAGGCUUCAGGUUCCUUGUAGAAUUCUGAAGUAACCUUUGCUAAUGAGGAUGUCUGAUACUAUUGCUAUAAAAGAUGAAACUGAAACAAUGAAGGAUUUGGAGGCAGAAAUGAAAGAUACAACCACAGUUGAAAACCUUAUCAAAUCAGAAAACUAUGGGAAGAUUUUGGCAGAGACAAAUGAACGAUAUAUUGACAACAAUAUUGAUUUGCAGCGGCCACUGCAGUCAUUUGGACAGACAGGAAAAAGGUCUAAGUCAAGCUCAAAGUUAAAGCUAGUUCGGAGCCUUGCAGUAUGUGAAGAAUCUCCACCACCCCCUGCAGCAGAGAUAUCACAGGAGAACCAGGAAAGAAUUCAGAUCCAGUUAACACAAUCAUUUGAAAAAGACGAGAAGCCCUCAAAAGAUGAAGCAGAAAAAGAAAAAGCCAGUGAUAAGUUGCCCAGAAAAAUGUUAUCAAGAGAUUCCAGUCAAGAAUACACUGAUUCAACUGGCAUAGAUCUACAUGAAUUUUUAGUAAAUACAUUAAAAAACAAUCCCAGGGACAGAAUGAUGCUGCUGAAAUUGGAGCAAGAAAUUUUAGAUUUCAUUGGUAAUAAUGAGUCUCCACGUAAAAAAUUCCCCCCAAUGACAUCUUACCACAGGAUGCUAUUACACAGAGUAGCUGCUUACUUUGGAUUAGACCACAAUGUUGAUCAGAGUGGAAAAUCUGUCAUAGUAAACAAAACUAGCAAUACAAGAAUACCUGAUCAGAAAUUUAAUGAACAUAUUAAAGAUGAUAGAGGUGAAGAUUUUCAGAAGCGAUAUAUCCUCAAGAGAGAUAACUCUAGCUUUGACAAAGAUGAUAACCAGAUGAGAAUACGAUUGAAAGAUGAUAGAAGAAGUAAAUCUAUAGAAGAAAGGGAAGAAGAAUACCAGAGAGCUAGAGACCGAAUAUUUUCACAAGAUUCCCUGUGUUCUCAAGAGAAUUAUAUUAUUGAUAAAAGAAUCCAAGAUGAGGAUGCUAGUAGUACCCAGCAGAGGCGCCAGAUAUUUAGAGUUAAUAAAGAUGCUUCAGGAAGAUCAACAAAUAGUCAUCAAAGCAGCACUGAGAAUGAGUUGAAAUAUUCUGAACCUCGACCGUGGAGCAGCACAGAUUCAGAUAGCUCCCUGAGAAAUUUGAAGCCUGCUGUAACCAAAGCCAGCAGCUUUAGUGGAAUCUCAGUCCUGACAAGAGGUGAUAGUUCUGGAAGCAGCAAAAGCAUAGGCAGGCUUUCUAAAACAGGUUCUGAGUCUUCUGGUAGUGUAGGGUCUUCUACUGGCUCUCUUUCUCACAUCCAGCAGCCUAUUCCAGGUGCAGCUCUCAGCCAGUCUUCUCAUGGAGCACCUGUCGUCUAUCCAGCUGUCAGCACUCAUAGUUCCCUUUCCUUCGAUGGUGGCCUAAAUGGGCAAGUCGCAUCUCCUAGCACUAGCUUCUUUUUGCUUCCUUUGAAAGCGGCAGGCAUACCACCCGGCAGUAUUCUGAUCAACCCACAAACAGGUCAGCCCUUCAUAAACCCAGAUGGGAGUCCAGUCGUGUAUAAUCCUCCUAUGACUCAGCCAGUUAGAACCCAAGUGCCUGGACCUCCACAGCCACCUCUGCAACUCCCACCGCCUCAGCAACCAGCAGCUAAUCACGUUUUCUCACAGCCUGUUCGUCCUCUGCAGUCCUCCUCUCAGCCUGUUCAGUGCUCUACAGCCCCUUACCCAUCCCCGCUUCUGCCAGUCUCACCCACCCAGCAGUAUUCCGUGCAGGAUAACCUUGGUUCUCAGUUCAGCCACAUGAGUCUUGCCCGCCAGCCAUCUGAUGGUUCUGACCCACAUGCCACCAUGUUCCAGUCUACUGUGGUUCUUCAGUCUCCACAGCAGUCUGGUUACGUCAUGACAGCAGCACCCGCGCCACACCCUACUCCCCCGCCCCCUCUGCCCCCUCCUCCCCCACCGCUCCCACCCGGGCAACCUGUCCCUACUGCCAGCUAUGCUGCCUCUGCUCAUCCUGUCAGCCAACACAGGGGCCAACAGGGUAUAAGAAGAUCCAUCUGCCUCCUAUUAUGUAUAGUAUAUGCACAGGUAAACAGCUCGAUCAGCUGGGUUCAGUCCUCCGUGGAACUUGCCGAGUGCCACUGUGCCUGCCUGCUGCUGAAGGAGCACAGCUUGCUAUUUUUCUCCUUUGUUCUCACGGAGAAGAUGCCAGCCUGUUACUGUGCUCCAGGCCACUAUCACUCCAGUCAGCCUCAGUACCGCCCUAUCCCUUCUGUCCAUUAUAGUUCACAUCUAAACCAACCACUGCCACAGCCUGCACAGCAAACAGGUUAUCAAGUUAUCCCCAACCAGCAACAAAACUACCAAGGAAUAGUUGGAGUUCAGCAGCCCCAGAGUCAGAGCCUACUUGGAGGCCAACCCAACAGCAUUGGAAAUCAGAUUCAAGGAGUGGUCAUCCCCUGCCCUUCAGUGCCAUCAUAUCAAGUUUCACUGCCUCAAGGUUCUCAAGGAGUAGCCCAUCAGACUUAUCAACAGCCUGUUAUGUUCUCUAGUCAGUCUAGUCAAGGAUCUGUGCCCACAGCAGGAAUGCCAGUUUACUACAGUGUCAUUUCACCUGGCCAGCAAAAUAAUUUAAGCUCUUCAGUAGGUUACUUGCAGCCCCCAGGACCAGAAGUACAGUUUCCUCGAGCUACUUCACCAUGUGGUUCCCAACAGCUUCACGGCCACCAGUGUGCUGCUGUGCCGCCAGCGCCACCUGGUGGAGGAAUGGUGAUGAUGCAGCUCAGCGUACCAAACAAUCCACAAUCUGGUGCCCACUCACCCCCUCAGUGGAAACAAAAUAAAUAUUACUGUGACCACCAGAGAGGGCAGAAGUGUGUCGAAUUUAGCAAUGUAGACAAUAUUGUUCAGCACAGCCCUCAACUCAGCAGUCCCAUUAUUUCACCAGCUCAAUCACCGGCACCAGCUCAGCUAUCCACCCUGAAAACCAUACGCCCCUCUGGACCACCGCUUUCCAUCAUGCCCCAGUUUUCUAGACCUUUCAUCACUGGGCAGGGAGAUGCCAGGUAUCCAUUACUGGGCCAGCCACUGCAGUACAACCCUCCUGCUGUUAUGCAUGGACACAUUCCAGGCCAACAGGGUCAGUCAGGCAACAGGCAUGGAAACCGGGGAAGGAGACAAGCUAAAAAAGCUGCAUCCACGGACCUUGGAGCAGGAGAAGCAGUCACUGGGAAAGUCUUGGAAAUUACUGAACUACCAGAUGGAAUAACUCGCAUGGAAGCUGAAAAGCUUUUUGGGGAACUCUUCAAAAUUGGUGCCAAGAUCCGAUGGCUCCGGGACCCCCAGUCGCAGCCGCAGCUGCGUUGUCACGCCCUCUGCUGUGGCAGUGGGGACAGCACUGUCAACCCUGAACGUUCUAAGCCCAAUGACUUGGCCUCUACGUACACUGUCUUAGCCACAUUCCCCUCCAUUUCAGCUGCACAAAAUGCACUGAAGAAACAAAUCAACUCAGUUAACAAGUUUAAGCUGAGAACAAGCAAGAAGCACUAUGACUUUCACAUUUUGGAAAGGGCAAGUUCUCAGUAACACAGCCACCUUUGGACCCUUUACCUCUAUGAUUGUCCUGCCCUCUCCCUUCUCUGGUUGGCUUGGUAUGUGGAGCUUCUGUUAACAUUUAGAGACUCCUAAGAUAUGUGGUCCUGAGCUAGAGCUGUUGGUAAAAGGCCAGUGAUCCAGUGCAAAGGGGGAAAAAGAGAUACACGUUUUAUCCUGAUUAUAGGAAUCCACACCAGAAUGACACAGAAUUAGCAGCUUUUUCUAAGGAAAUGCUGUUCAAAUGCCUCCUAACUUUUAUAGUUAUUUUGUUUUAUAUUUCUGAAUUCUUGUAUCAGAUCCAAAGCUCUAUUGUACAGCAAAUUAUUCUUCAAAAUUACUAUAACCAGUUUCGACCUGUAUUUCUUUUUGUAGCCAGCACGGUGUGAGCCAACUUAGGAUUUGGGGGAAAAAGAAUGCAGGCGUGGAAUAACCAAGUCAAAAACCAUGUACGUUCUUUUGGAGGGCUGAGGACACUAAAUGCCCACAAAUGGAAUAUGACUCUUCCCCUGAAUCUCUAAACAUAGAAACAUUUUCCAGAAAAUAAGAAACUCCCCUGUAGCGUCCUUUCCUUAUUCAUUUAGAUAGUAUGAAUGUUAAGUGUAAAGUAAAUUAUGUUCUUAAUGCUCUUAAUCAAACCACUUAAAUUCAAAGGGGAAUAGGAAUCAUCCAAGUCAGGUAAACACUCACUUUUUUUUAAGUGUCCCUCCAAUAACUUUCAAUUGCCACUUUCAAUUCCCCUCCUUGUGGAUUUUUUGUCACCUAAGAAAAUAAUAUUUGAUGAGUGCUGGAGACUUCUUAAGUGGUUUAGAAUUGUUUCCAUUGUUUGCAGAUUCCUGGACAUCAAAGAUUCAUUGCACUUAUGAACAAAGAACCUUUUCAAUUUCUGUGUAAUUUGCAAGGCUGUACAAUGUGUACUGAUGCAAGCCUUUUUCAGUUCAAGAGAAUAAAUGUUUACAAAUUUA